AUGCGGCGGCGUGAGGGUCAAAUACAAGACCCACAAAUGCUGUUAGAAGGAUGGCCGUUGUGGAAGUCGUUGCCCCCUUCUGUUGCAGUGGAUGAUGAUGGGGUAAGGUUGCUUGAAUACAUUAUUGCAGAGAACAGAAAGAGAAAGAAGAGAGUGAUUGUGUUGGUUGCGAGACAUCUCGUGAAACAGAAGACAUAUUUCUAUUGUGCAUAG